AUGUCCAGCUAUCCUUCCGAGCCCGAGUUUGAGCAAGCCGUCAAUGAAAUUACGUCCACGCUCGCCCCGUUCUUGGCCAAGCAUCCUGAAUAUGAACGUGCCUUGGAGGUUGCUAAAAUUCCCGAACGUGUGAUCCAGUUUCGUGUUACUUGGGAAGCGGAUGACGGUACUGUCCGUGUGAACAGAGGUUACCGUGUUCAGUUUAACUCGGCCCUCGGUCCCUACAAAGGUGGUCUUCGACUUCACCCCUCGGUCAAUCUCUCGAUCCUCAAGUUCCUUGGGUUCGAACAAACUUUCAAGAAUGCGCUUACCGGUUUGAUGAUGGGUGGUGGCAAGGGCGGUUCCGACUUUGACCCCAAGGGAAAGUCUGACAAUGAGAUUCGCCGGUUUUGCUAUGCAUUCAUGGCUGAGCUCAGUCGACACAUCGGGAAUGACACAGAUGUCCCUGCGGGUGACAUCGGUGUCGGCGGACGCGAGGUCGCAUACUUGUUUGGUGCAUACAAGAAGAUUCGUAACGAAUUCACGGGUGUUCUCACCGGCAAGGGCGGUUCGUGGGGUGGUUCGUUUAUUCGUCCCGAAGCUACUGGGUAUGGGCUCGUCUACUAUGUCGAGCACAUGCUCGCCAAGGCGCCCAACCCGACGUCAUUCAAGGAUGCCAAAGUCCUAAUCUCCGGAUCCGGAAACGUGGCCCAGUACGCAGCGCUCAAGGUCUUGGAACUCGGCGGGAGCGUUUUGUCGCUUUCCGAUUCCAAGGGUGCACUAAUUGCAGUCGAUGGCAAGGGGUUCAAUAAGGAGGAUAUUGCCGCUAUCGCGCAGAUCAAGCUUAACCGUGCCUACCUCACGGACUUUGUUGCCACGUCUGAAAAGGGCAGGUUCGAGUACCACGAAGGCAAGCGCCCAUGGACACUAGUUGGAUCUGCAGACAUCGCACUUCCUUCGGCUACUCAAAACGAGGUCUCAGGCGAGGAGGCCAAGGCAUUGGUCGCUGCUGGAGUCAAGUUUGUUGCAGAGGGCUCGAACAUGGGUUGCACCCAGGAGGCAAUUGAUGUCUUCGAGGCUGCCCGCGAGGCAGAUAACUGGGUGUGGUAUGCCCCAGGAAGCAUCCAACUGCGGUGGUGUCGCCGUGUCGGACUCGAGAUGGCCCAGAACUCGCAGCGACUGACUUGGUCGAGCGAGGAGGUUGACAGCAAACUCAAGGAUAUCAUGACCAAUUGCUUCAACGCUUGCUACGAAACUGGCAAGGAGUAUAGCACUUCCGAGGGAUUGCCUAGCUUGGUCGUCGGUGCGAACAUUAGCGGAUUCAUCAAGGUCGCCAACGCCAUGCGCGACCAUGGUGAUUGGUGGUAG